AUGACGAGCUUGUCAUUUGCACUCGCCCCCGAGGCAUUAAUCCAGUUUCAUGAAGCAUUGAUAUGCUUAGCCAAGUUUGAUGAAACCGUCGUCAUUGAGGCUGAAUACGAACUUCUCCGCGUGAGCGUUCUCAAUACCGCAAAGACAACCUACGCUGCAUUUGCUCUAUCAGCAGAAAGUUUUUUUCAAGAUUACUCUUUUGGCAUAUUCAGGGACGCCAAUACAUCCAGGACAACAGGCUCAAAUAAAUUUUGCUGCCAAGUAUAUCUCAAAGCUUUGCUCUCUGUAUUCAAGGGUAGGGCGCAUGGACGAAACAAGGACACCGCAGUCGAGCGUUGCGAGGUUGAUCUAUAUGAAGAUGUUGAAACCGCGGAAUGCAGACUAAUAAUUAAAAUGAUAUGCGGGCUUGGAGUCUUAAAAUCCUACAAGCUUACUUAUGAACCAACCACUGCUCAACACGCCAUUUUUGAUCGAACCAAAACGAUCAAUCAGUGGAAUAUAGAAGCAAGAUUUUUGAAGGAGAUUACCGACCACUUUAGCCCAUCUGCAGAGCUUCUAGACAUCUAUUCUGAAUCCGGCAAAGUCAUCUUCACAAGCUUCACAACAAAAAUCACAGAAGGGAAAGAAAUUCUAAAGCAGCCAGUUCACACUUCAGUUGCUUUUGACAAGAAAGACUUCGAGCAUUUCCUUGCCGAAGACAGCCUCCAUAUUGUUAUUAGUCUAAAGGAUUUCAAGGCAGUUAUAGCACACGCGGAUACAUCAGGUGUAAUGAUCACUGCCCGAUACACUCGCCCUUGUCGGCCACUGCAACUCGCAUAUGACUUCAGGGGUGUGAGGGCUGAGUUUACUUUGAUGACAAGGGGCGACCCAGAUGUGGGUGACGUUCCUAACUCUUCUGGUGUGGCUGAGUUGUCUGCGAGGCAAACACCUGCUCCUGUACAAUCUAACACUAGUAAUGGAACCGCCGCGGGUUCGACACAAAUGCCUCCGCCUCCUCCUCCUCGUACUCGAUCUAUACGCCCUCUUACCGGUUCUUCUGCCCGCAAUACGCAGCAAGCGCAAACCGAGAGCCAGCAGCCCCCCGCGUCGAUCAAUCUUGAUAGUUUGUUUGUUCCAGCGGACGACGAUAGACAAUGGGAUGUUCCAGACGAAAGCGAGGAGACUGAAGAUAUUCUCGGUUGGGAUGCAAUGGCCGACCAGGAUAACGCCAGCCUUGGUCUGCGUUUGCGGGAGACUGAGCCCAGUAUGAAUUAUCAAGAUGAUCAACCAGCAAUGGAUCAAGAAGAAGAGAUGGGGAUCCCUCCAACACAACGUAUCUCACAGCUUCACGGUCUUGGUCUUUUUGACUGA